UAUUGCCGUCUCUUGGAGACACAGCAAUAAGUUGUACGUCAUAUGUGAAAGCUCGUGCGUUACUUACGUCUGCAAUUUAAGUCUAAGUAAGUGUUACAACAAUUCUUGUGCUCAGAUCUUUCCAUUCCACAUUUUCAGCGAAAGAGCCCGUCAGCCCGUGAUGUGAUAGACGAUGCGCUAGUGCGGGCUGCCUAGUGCCUUGUUUAUGUAAUUACGCGUUGCGUUUACGUUAGUUUGCGCGUUUUCUAUAGUCUUUAUCUGUUGAUCUGAUGAUGAUCGAGGAUAAGAUAUUGCAUUUGAGAAGAUAUUUGACACUCAUCCGCUCGCAGCUGCAUUUGUCGCGAUGCGGGAUAAGUCAUUCACCGCAAUACGGAGGUUAUGUUCUCGUACAUCCUCGAAAUCCGCGACUUGACAUUUACAUCGCAGCGGAAAGAACAUAUAAUACAACGCCGCAAUCAUCACCGUCCGACGUCAUUGAUCACAAACUGAUGUUAUUUUGUGAUGAUGUUAAAAAAGGCCAAGUUUCGGUAGAUGAUCUGAAAGAAGUUAUCAGUCAGUGUAGCAAGAACGACUAUCGGUUACCUCACGAUACUGGCGUUUUGUUGCUCAAAUGUUGCGGCAAUUUACUGCACGAAUUGGAGACAACGGAAAGAAAUCAUCUAGCGAGGCAGGUAUGGCAUUUGGCAAAGAAGAAAGGUGGAGCAAUCACUUUAGAAUAUUACAACACUUUGCUAGGUGUUAAUGAAGAGAACUCUUUGUCUGUGAAUCCCAAAAAGUUUUUAGCAGACAUGAGUGUGGAGCCAGACGAAAAUACUUAUCGCUUGCUGUUGAAUACAGCUGUAAAGACGAAUAAUAGUGAACACAUAUGGGAUAUCUUAUCUGUUACAAAGGAUAAGAGUGUAACCAUUUAUGAGCUGGCAGUCAAUGUGUUAAUACAGAUUUACGUAACACAGAACAAUAUCGCCAAAGCUGAGCAAAUGAUAACACAAAUGCGGAAGGCUAAAUUAUUCCCAACCAAGGCAUAUAUCGAGCUGGCAUGUGGAUACGCGAAAUUUGGCGAUAUUCCGAAUCUAAUCAAGAUACUAAACGAAGAGCCACAGGACAACGCGAAUCUUUUGAGGAUAAUAAAGAUUCUGAGCGUAUCCAAUAACAGCAGGCAUAUUCCGGUUAUUUUGAAUUUUCUAAUGAUCUCUGUACCGGCGCUUCAGAUUGAGAUCUCCAAGACGAUCACAGAACUGAUACGUAUCAAUCAAGUUGCAGACGCUCACACUAUCAUAAAUUGUAUUGCAAUGAACAAUGCAAUGAAGGAGAUUAUGCCGAGUUCUGUAAAUACUUUCAUGAAUGAAUUAAUAACAUUAAACGUGCCGAUUGACGAUAUCAUUAAGUAUGCAAACGACUUUGUUGAAUCCGAUUGUAGCCAACAAGCAUUGUUGGAUGCAGUGGAGAUUGGUUUGAAGAUAGGUAGAAAGAAAUUAUGCCUUGCGAUAUUCCAGGUGAUGAAAGAUAAGAAUAUAGAGAUACGACCGCAUUAUUAUUGGCCUUUACUGGUAAAGGCGUAUAAUGACGAGGGGGAAAGUGGGAUAUAUUCACUCCUGAAAUCUAUGGUGGACGCUGAUCUAAAAAUAGAUUUUGACACACUAGCUCAUUACGUAUAUCCAUAUGUAAAUACUAUGAAUCCGACUGUCACUUUACAGAAACUAUUACUGAAUAACGUACAGAAUGUUUUCGCAUUAACGCCUUUAUUAUAUUUUCUGUUGCAGCAAAAUCGGCUGCAGGACAUAAUGCCACUGUGCACGUCCUACAAUAAUACAUAUGUAUACUAUAAAAAACUGAUAGAACCGCUAGUACACACUUAUAUCGCCACUAAAGACUUCAAAAAUUGUAUUACUUUAUUGACAGCAUUUUCUCCGGAAAAUCAAGAUUUUAUUCGUAUGUUCUUGAAAUCAUUGAUGAAAGUCGAAUAUCCGAUUUAUAUAGAGGAUCUACUGCUUCUCCUGAAAGAAUUAAAAACACGUAAGAUAAAGAUAUCAGAAAAGAAUGCAGACAUUCUCAAGAACAGACUACAAAAAAAUGAAAAUUGUAAUCUCACUCCAAAGGUGAUAAAUCUAAUAAAAAAUUUAGUUGAUCCUUCUAUAAUAGAUUUGCAGAUCACAUUCCACCCGAGGUACAUGGAUAUUAAAGAAUUAACAUGUUACUUAAUGGAAAUAAAAAAUUCCACUGAUUUACCCCCCAAAAUCAAUAUUAAGAAUACUUUGCAGAGAUUGCUGAUAUUAUAUUGUCUUGAUAAUAAUCUAAAAAAGGUUGAAGAGAUAAAACAAAAAUAUGAUGCGUGCCAGUAUAAAUGGACGCUUAGCAUGAAAUCGAUUUUAUUUAAAUUGUACCUCGAGAACAACAAAUUGAACGAGGCUGAAGCACUACUACCCGAAUUCCAAAUUGCACCUAAUAAAUUCUGUUUGAACAAAUGCAACAUCGUGAUAUACGCCACCGCAUUGAUGAAGGCAAAUAAACCCACAAAAGCUUUUAAUAUUAUCGAUACAUUCAACGCCAGUGAUUUUAAAGCAGACUCGCAGAAAUAUUGUUAUAUACUUCUGCAAGUUCUAGCACAGAGUCAGUAUUACAUGUAUACGAAUGAUAUGUUAAAUUUGCUUCUGGAAAAAAAUUACUGUGAAGCAAACACGAAGCUGCUAAAACCACUGGUGGCGAUACCAUUAGAACGCAAUAAUAUCUUAGAAACCGUGAAUGCACUUGAAAAAUGCGCGCAAAAAUUUUACAGCUUGCCUUUGGCAAUAGAAAUAUUGAUAGUAUUGUUGGAGCAAAAAUACAAUUCAAAAUUACAAAAUGAUAACUGGAUAGAAAAAGUGUAUAAUAUAAUAAGUAAUACUUAUUCCCAUUUAACAGCAAACACGAUACUGGCGAUAGCAUUAGCAACGUUAAACCAAACAGAGAAAGUACAAACUUUAUUACAGGAUGGCAAACUCUCCACGAAGUCCCUUCUAUACCAUCUUAAAAUGGACAAUAUCAGAAAUAUAGAUGGCUAUCAAAAUCUUCUUAAAAUAACCGACUCAAAUCAUGUGAAUCAAAAUGUGCUGUGUGAAGCGCUCCUUUCUACUUACGAUAAAAUAGGAGACUGCAACCGUGCUUUAAAUCUGUGGAAAAUUAUGUGCACAAAGAAUAUCAAGCCUACUGAACAGUUCAAGAAGAGUUUUAUUCAAUUUUUAUUGUCAAAUAAAAUUUCGCUCCCUCCAGAAUUGGAGAACAAAAAGUGAAAUAAACAUUAGUGAUUACUAAUUAAUGAAUUUAAAUAUUAAAACUUUGGAUCAUUCAUCACUAUUAUCUCAGAUUGUAACAUUGGAAGUUAGUUAAGGGAACCCAAAGACGAUUAAGUCAUAUAAAUCAUUGAAAACAGUACUUACACAGA